CUUCGAGUUGAUUGGUUGGAAAGGCAGACGUGAGCUGGUGGGGAGGUCUGGGGAGGCCAUGAGGUUCGCAGAACAACUUGCCUGGUGCUCCGUGGAAACCAGGCUGUGUGGAAACGUUAACCCGACCUGGUCCCCGGAAAUGCGAGGAUCGGCCUCAGGCUUUCUUUACAUGCUGUCCUGAAUAAAUGGGAAAGGGAAUGUUGGCAUCUGACACGAUCCCACCCCCCCUCAUUUAUUGGGGAUGCUAUAUGGGACAGUGAAGCAAUGGUCAGACCAAUGCCCUGCUCUGACGUUAAAACUAAUAAAAUGAACAAUUAAAACACGUGAUUCACUCCUUUAUAGGUGCCUUUUAAUCAAACAGGCACAGGAUAUGUUCUUUGGACCUAGGAUCGUAUGGAUGCUCCUUGAGACCCCGCAGAAGAAACCCUAAAAUUGGGGCUCUGGUCUUUGCUCCUAGAAUAGCCUGAGAACUGGGACUCGCUUCUGGUCUCCAGGGCAACAGGCCAGGUGACCAAUCAGGUCGCAGACCCGGGGUCAUUGUUGGAGGCAGACGUGUUGCCAUGACUCCUGAAACCUGGGUGACUGGAUGAUACAGAGACAAGAGCCUGCUUGUGUCCUGGGCUGGUGUCCCGCAAGCGUGUGGACAUGUCUGUGGGAAAGACCACGAAAGUAGAAGAGAGUUUUCAAAGGGUCCUGGGAUUUAAGAAGAUGGUCGACAGGUGGCAGAAUUCACACACCCACUGUAUGUGGCAGACGCCGCUGGGCCAGAGGAGAAACCUGUAUGCUGCCCUAAGGAUGCAGGACACCAGGGAACAGGAGUUGGCACUGGCCAACAAGCAGCUGCUGAUGGUGAGUUCUCGCAAGGGUGACCUGAAGCCUCACCCUCACUGCCCUGCAAAGUCCGCCGGGGUCCCAAGCUCUUCACUGCUGCCAGUACUUGCCCAAUGUAUCUGCCUCUGAGGUUUUCAGCAUUACACUGGAGCAGUACCGGGUCUCGUCAAGUGGCUCUUCGCGUCCGGCUGCAGGUGACCCGGCCUCCAGUCCCGGGGCGCGGACUAGUCCUCGCUCCCCUCGUGUCCGUGCCCGGCACCUGCCUCUCAGAGCCCCUCUCUCCCGGGAGAACCCGGUCGCCAGCAGGUCGCCAUCUGUGUGUCCCGGGGCCUGGCGGAGGUCACGGUUCAUGGUGUUCUCAGCAAGUAAUUGCUGAACGUGGGGUUUCAUCCACGGAGAAAGACUUGCGUAGGCCUCCCCUGCAGUGCGCAGCCUCGAUGCUACCGCCUAGCUUUGUGGCACAGCUAAGUCCAAAGCCAGGAGGACGCACGCUGGACUGCCAUCGCGGGAGAACGAGGAAAGGGGCCAGCCUGACGUCACACUCUGUUCUGCC